UUUCGGCACAUGGCAUCGCAGCAAGAACCCUUGCUCGGCAUCCUCGGUGGCGUGGGGCCGGCGGCUGGCCUUGUCCUUCAUCAAGCCAUCCUGAGGCACACCCAGAACCAUGGUACGGACCAAGGACACCUGGACGUCGUGCAUGUGUCCCGGUCCGCAGACAUCGCGGCGCGUCCGACGUAUCUCUCACAGCACGCUUCGAGCGCGAUCACAAUCGAAAACCCGGCACUGGGUAUGGCGCGAAGCUUAAAGAUGCUCGUCCACGCCGCCAUCACGCGGCAAGCCAAGCUCAUCGUUGGGGUACCGUGCAAUACGUUCCACGCGCCGCCCAUCUGGGACACGUUUGUGGCCGCGGCGGCGUCGGAGGAGUCUGUCACGCUUCUGCAUAUGCUUCAAGAAACCGUGCGCAUGGUGGCCGAGAUCUCUCCCUCCGCCCGAGCGAUCGGAGUCAUGUCCACAACCGGGUCGCGGCACUCGCGCAUUUAUCACGACCUAUUGGAGCCGCGGGGAUACACCGUCGUGGAAGUGCCCAUGUCACAGCAAGAGGCCCUCAACGACACGAUCUUCAACACGGAGUGGGGCAUCAAGGCCACGUCCCCCAGCAUCCACCCCCGCGCCAUCGCCAACUUCCACUCGUUCGCAUCCCAGCUCCGCGCCUUGGGGGCCGAGGUCGCCAUUCUGGGGUGCACGGAAAUCCCCAUGGCCCUGCCUGGUUCUGAAAUCGAUGGCAUGGUGCUGGUUGAUCCCAUGGUGGCACUAGCUCGCGCCAUGAUCCGGGAAGCCGACGCGUCCAAGGUCGUUCCGCUGGAUAAACGGCCGGAUCUGGUGCACUGUGAUGUUGGGAAACCCAAACGAACGCUCAGUGUACACAGCGACGACGGCCAUACAGAACUCAUGGACGAUGAUUAUGACUCAGACAACGACCGAGAAGCCCCCGUGGACGUCGAUGCGUUCCGGUUUUGCUUUUAUUGAGAGGUAAAUGGAAUUAUAGAGGUGAAACAGCUUGUGUAGUGGGGCCGAGACAAGGUUAUAACACACUGGUGCUUGCGCAUUGUGAAAUGAAUCUUUCCGUCAUAAUUGCAGAUCGUUGUCAUUAUUUAAUACUAUAUGCCAACACGGCGACAAUGUCAC